AUAUAUAUUACAUGUUUUCUUCACUAUUUUGUCGCCAUUUGUCUAUCUAUUAAGUGUCUGAAAGAAACGUAACUAGUAAUUAUUUCCGAAAUAAACGCAUGAUGACAACACGAGCUUGCGGUUUCGUUAUAUUUCGGCGUAUUCAAGGAAUGGUCGAAUAUCUUUUGAUGCAAGUUUCUUACGGUGAACAUCAUUGGACUCCACCGAAAGGUCAUGUUGAUCCUGGUGAAUCAGAUAUGGAAAGCGCAUUACGUGAAACACAAGAGGAAGCAGGUUUUUUACCUAGUGAUUUAAUUAUAUUUGAAGAUGUAAAACAAGAACUUAAUUACGAAGUGAAUGGAAAACCGAAAACUGUUGUUUAUUGGCUAGCAGAAUUAAUAAAUAUUGACAAACCUAUUCAAUUGUCGCACGAACAUCAAGCAUUUAAAUGGCUUCCACUUCAAGAAGCUUGCUCUAUAGCAAAAUAUCAAGAUAUGCAAAAUACAUUAAAAAAUUUUAACGAAUAUAUAUUAAAAUAUCUUUCUUAAUAUAAUAUUUUUAUAAAUUUU